AAUGUAUCUGUGUGCUAAAUGACUAAAUGUGAGUUUGAGCGCGCAGCUGUUGAGACAUGAGUCGUGUGUUUUCAUUGGGUUGCCGCUGUGUGUGUGUGAGUCCUGAAGUGAUAGGCGUGACCCGAGGCGCACAGAAAGCUUCAGCACUGCCAUACUGCUGUCAUACUACACAGCACACUCUCCAGCACUGCGUGCGCGGACGGAUGACAGUCUUUGCAGAUUCAGACAGAAUAAGGACAGACCGCAGCAGCGUCUCGAGUUCAUUAGCCUCGUGUGAAGCGCAUUAUGCGUCUCCUCAGCUCUCCUCGUAACAUCUCCAGGCAGUAGAGCGAUCGCCACUUCCCUGACUCCUCCAGCAGACGCGACCAUGGCUGAAGAGGACAGCGCGAUCGGACGCGUUUCAGACUCGAGCACGGACAGCACGAACUUCAGCGUGUUAAGCUGGGAGCAGGUCCAGCGUCUGGAUGUCAUCCUGACCGAGAGCAUCCCGAUCCACGGCCGAGGAAACUUCCCCACGCUGCAGAUGAAGCCGCGGCAGAUCGUGACGGCGGUGCGGAGCCGCAUGCGGGAGCAGCGCAUCCAUGUGCGGGACGUGCGGCUCAACGGGUCCGCAGCCAGUCACGUCCUCCACGAAGACAGCGGGCUCGGCUAUAAGGACCUGGACCUCAUAUUCUGCGUGGACCUGAAGGGAGAGACGGAGUUUCAGAUCGUCAAGAACAUAGUUCUGGACUGUCUGUUGGACUUUUUACCUGAUGGGGUAAAUAAAGAGAAAAUCACACCGUUGACCCUUAAGGAAGCAUAUGUGCAGAAGAUGGUGAAAGUGUGCAAUGAUUCGGACCGCUGGAGUCUCAUCUCUCUCUCCAACAACCGGGGCAAAAACGUGGAGCUCAAGUUCGUGGACUCCUUGCGCCGGCAGUUUGAGUUUAGUGUCGAUUCUUUCCAGAUUAAGCUAGACUCUCUGCUGCUGUUCUAUGAGUGCUCGGAGAACCCCAUGGCCAAAACGUUUCACCCCACCAUCAUCGGCGAGAGCGUGUACGGAGACUUUGGCACGGCGCUGGACCACUUGCGCAACAAGGUGAUCUGCACGAGAAACCCAGAGGAGAUCCGAGGGGGCGGCCUCCUGAAAUACUGCCAUCUUCUGGUCAGGGGUUUCCGAGCCGCCUCCGAGUCGGAGAUGAAGUCUCUCCAGCGCUACAUGUGCUCCCGCUUCUUCAUCGACUUCUCGGACAUCAGCGAACAGCAGCGCAAGCUGGAGUCUUACCUCCAGAACCACUUUGUGGGCUUGGAGGACCGCAAAUACGAUUAUCUAACAACGCUGCACGGGGUGGUGAACGAGAGCACGGUGUGUCUGAUGGGACACGAGCGGCGGCAGACCCUCGGGCUGAUCGGCAUGCUGGCGGUCCGUGUGUUGGCCGAGCAGAACGUCAUACCCAACGUGGCCAACGUCACUUGCUAUUACCAGCCCGCCCCUUAUGUAGCAGACGGCAACUUUAGCAAUUACUACAUUGCCCAAGUCCAGCCAGUCUUUACCUGCCAUCAGCAAACCUACUCCACAUGGCUACCGUGCAACUGAACGCCAAAAAGAUGAGCUGAAUCAUUGCAUUGUUGUACUCGUUUUGCAACUGACCCUGAGUGUUACCGUCCACUUCCCUAAUGUGCAUCAGUGCUUGAGCGAAAUGAAUGGGGUUUGUUUCGUUAUCUGAAAUGAGAUUGCUAACACGACUCUGCCUUGCCUAAUUCUCGGCCGAUCGUGAGGUUUUAUACUUACUAAGCAUUCUCAAGUGCAUUUCUGACAGGUUGACACAUCGAAUCCCAGUCAUUAGAUGCAUGAGAAGGGUAGUGUGAGGAAAAAGUGUUUGGAAAGCUUCAGUUGCACCCUUUAGUCCAAAUGGAAACCGACGCAUCGCUAAGAACCUUUUAUUUACAAAGACUCUCUGAAUGAGGGGAAAAAGUCAAAAACUACAACCAGUUUGUACAAACCAAAGAUUUUAAGAUUGUAUUUUUUUAUACCCAGACUAUCAGCUGAUAGUGCUGUCUAUAUUUGUACAUGUGAAUGCAUUCGAAGUGCCUAACGUCAAUGCAGUACGCCGAGGUGAGCAACCUCAAAAUCGCGAAACGUGACAAAGGGACUAAAAGCUUGUGAAUGUACAUGAUGUGUCUUGAUUUACAACCACCAUGUCGUAUUUGUUUGCAGUUCAGUCUCUAUUAAUUGAACUCUUAAUUUAUUGUUUCUGAGCAGCGUCCACAAGCCAUCUUUUUAGUGUAGUUGACAUUUGCACCAGCUUAACAGCAGACCGUAUGAUCACACGGUGAGAGCAGAGGGCACAUGCAUGCCAGAGUACAUCCCGAAAAAAACAAAGAAAAGACUUGUUUUGUGGCGAGAGCGAAGUUUGUUUCCGGACUUUCUAGAUGAAAGGUAUUUGCAGAAGCACCUCUGAUGUAUUUGCUGUAACAUCCAAGCAGGGAAUUCGACAGCUCCCGCUGAAGUAAAACCCGCUGUGUUCCUGCGCCCCCGUCACAGCUGCUCCGCCGGCUGAACCUGACCCCGCGUUCACCCGCUGUUAACAGAGUGUUAACCUGUUCUUGAUUAAUAGCGCUGCGGAAGGAAGCAGGCGGGGCCGUGGCAUAUAUGUUUAGACUUGACAAAGAGACUUGAGAGGAGAGGGAAGAGGAAAGCGAGAGUGUGAGGGAGAAGCGAGACGCAGACGAGAGCGAGCGAAAGAGGGAGGGAGGGCUGGAGAGAUGGGUGCAGCUGGUGAAGGGGUUUAUCUCCUUCGACAAAUGUCUUUUAAUCAAUACAGCUUAUUUCAUUACUAUGGGCAAUUUGGCUGAACAGACAUGAGGAUUUAAUAGGACUGAGAAGCACGGAUUAGUUUGCUUCGCUGGAAUGCAAACUUUGCAGUCGAGUUUCCAAUAUUCCUCAUAUCACAGUGCGCAACUGAAGUGCACUCAGUUGUAGACAGUUUGCCGUAAUAAAGAGUAAAUAAGCAGAAAUAAGCUUGCAUUUGCAGUGCAUAACAUGGACUUCUGAUUAUUUGAUAUUUUUUAAAGGGGUCAUAACAUCCACUCAUAAUAUUUUAGUUUCUGAUUGAAUUUUAUACAACCAUUUUUAUGACCUCUUCCUGAUCUUUAGAUGCAAAGGAACUCUAAAAAACAUCAUGUCGAACCCUGUGAUUUGUUCGGCUCAUACACAAGCUUUGGGUUUGCUGUCAUACUCUUUGUUUCUGAUCACGGUGGACAUCAUUGAUGUGUAAAUAAUGUAUUCAUCUGUCCACUGUCAGAAAGUUGCGGAUGACUAGUUUGAAUAAAUGCCAUUUUUGGACUGGGAAGCAAGUUUUGGUUUCUAAAAGUAAAAGUAGGCUUACUCCCAAAUGUAUUUAUCAGCCGAAUCCCUUUCAGCUAAAAUAUGUAGUUGAAGUACAUUUCAGAGAUUUUAAGUCAAUAUUUUAAUAAUUACAAUAACAACAGCUGCAUGCUCACAGAUCUCUGACUGACUGAUGUCAGGUGAACAAAUAAAAACAAAACAAACAAUCUUUGUUAUAAGUGCUUUGUUAUAAUUAUUUUUAUUUCAACAAAAAUAGAUGACUGCUAUACCAUGCAAAUCAUGUUUUAAUACAACACUUCAGUCAUGCAGUUAGGUAUAGCUUUUCAAAAAUCAUAGUCACGUGACUGAAAUUUGUUGUAUUAAAAUAUGAUUCACAAGCUGUAUCAUGCACGGGAUUCAUCAAUUUUUGUUAGACCGUUUGCUUUGCUUUAUUCCUAUGCUCCUGCUUAUAUGACUUACCAGGAGUUGCAGUAGUAUUUUUUUUUAUUAUUUUAUUUUAAAAUAAUUUAUUUGGAUUCAGAAAUUAUUUUGAAUGAAUUAUUAUUAUUAGGAUAAAACAAAAUUUGUUUCUUCAUAAUGUGACCCUUUUAAAAACAUCAAUGGAUGCAUUUCUGAAGAAUUUAAGACAUGGCUGUUGAAGUGAAUGGCAUUUGCAUUAACUUUUGUUUUUUUUUUUUA